ACGACCUUGAGCGGCCUAGUGCAGGGCGGUCAAGUUGCUGUGCCUUGGCUGGAUAUACGGUGGGUUGGGAGGGUCCUACGUGUUCUCAUAUUUAUAUAGUCUGUCACUGCAGCAAAAUCAUAAGAUGACUGCAAAACAACAUCCCAUAACCUUCCUCCGUUUUGUAGUGUACAUAUUGGCUCUUAACUUGAUUUCAAGUAACGGCGAGACUCUAAUUUAGGGACGAGCCAAUCAGAAGGUUCAGAGGUUCUGAAUUCAUAAUGCAUAUGGUAUAGAAACUCGUCCAUAGGGUUAGGUUAGGGUGGGGGUCAGGCUGCUAACAUGAGAUCGGUUUACAUCGGAUUUUAAAGAAGAGGUGUUUAUUGAGAGGCUACAACCCUAACCCUAACCUCUAAAAUCCGUUGUAAAUCGAUCUCAUGUUAGCACCCUAACCCUAUGGACGAGCUUCUAUACCAUGUGCAUUAUGAAUUCUGUACCUUUAUCAAACCUUAACAAGUUUUUAAAUCAUGUAAAAGAAGAAUAUCCACUGUAAUUCAUGACUUAUAAUAUAUUUUCACUUUAUACUAAAUGUCUUCUGAUUGGCUAAUAAUUGUCAAGGUCAUCUAAGAUUCGUUCAAAGGUCGUCCCUAAAUUAGAGUCUCGCCCAAGUAACAUAUGCUCUACGUGCUUAGUAGAGUUCUGUUAAGUUUCCAUUUUCUACGUUCCCAAGGAUUAUAUACCGGCCAAAAAUAACCGGCAUCAUGUUAUACAUCUCCCUUAAUUGAGUAUACAUCAGGAAAACUACCUGUAGCAACGAAAGGCCAGUGCCUUUUAGGAAGAUCGUGUCGUGAAAUAAAUAUAUCACACAUUACUCAUAACUUUUCAGGACUGUGAUUGGAAGACAAAAUAAUCAGGCUUACGAUAGAUAGUUGGAUCUUGGUGCAAAAUACUCCUGGUUAACUAAAUAGCGAUUUGGUAAUAUAUAUGGUGCUAUAGGCAGUCGAAUCCCCAACUUCUUAUCUCGACUCCUCAAACUAGUUCAUAACGCUAUUUCGACAAUAGUAAGUGGCUCAAGUUUUUUUAAAGCUGCUCAUAGGUCGUCCACAAGUUAUGGUCUCCCAAAAUCACAUGCAAGUUUACUUGGUUCGAAUUAGUGGGUUGUAAAAACUUAUUCCUAAAGCUAAGGUGAUGGUACAUUCUUCAGAAUCUUUCAAGAUAGAGUUUGACGACUACCUUGUUUUUCUGGGUACCGGAAAAGAUUACUCGGUGUUAUUCUUCGAUCAAUUCUAUUGUUAUCUAGUUUGUUUUUGGUCUAAUAGUUUCUUGGAGGAAUAUGUCAGGAAUCAUAUCUAUCUAUAGUCCAGAACGCAUCCCUAGUAGUUGUUCGCUAAUUAUAGUCAAGGUGUAUCAAAACUGCUGAGCUAUUGCUCCGUUGAGUAGGUAGUCAACAGUGACCUUUGGAAUUCCUGGUUCCACUAGAGUUUAAUGUCAAAUUAUAGAUUUUAAUACAGGUAAAUAUUAUGAGUCCUAGGGGUUAAUUCUAAUAGCCCGAAACAUUAGUGAUCAUAAUCGGCAUAGAGGUCAAACAUCGAAAAUUAAUCUAGUUCAUCGUGAGUUGGUGAUUUUCUCCUUAUGUCCAUCAAUAUUGUUAUUUGUAGGUGAAUAAACAAAUCGGUAUUUUAAUGUCUAAUUCAUCACUUUGUAUACAGAAAGCUAACAAAGGGCCACUUGCCAACUUAAAAUAAUAUGUUCAAAAAAAUGCUAAGUGUCGCUAGAAGAUUGGCCUGCAUCAGCGUCUUAAUUAAUGAUGGGGAGUGAAGUAGUUGAGCGUGUCGACCGCUCCACUUAUUGUGGGGAUUUCAUCAGUCCUGAUGUACUGGAGUCCGGUAUGGAUUUGGAAAGCUUAGAUGGCUUUUUCCGACUUGGAUCACUUGUGGCGUAGGCGAGGUAUUUGUCUGUCAACCCAAAACGAUUUUACUGUUCGGCAGUUCUAUUUUACUUUAUGGGUGUAAAAUAUGGUCAUUAAGAAUAGAUUAUAUUCGUAGAUUAUUAGCGCUUUAUCACAGGUGUCUCAUAAGCAUCGCUCAUAUAUCUUGCAACCACCAAGUAAGCGAUACUGGAUUUAGGGAUACGGUGCUGGGUAAAGAUUCCAGAUCAAUUGAUGAUGUAGUCAAGAGUUACCAUCUGAGGUAGUUGGGACAUGCGUUGCGUAUGCCCAGCCAUCGUUUAUUUCGAUGGAGCGAUGUCUGUUGUGUAAGUUGGAAGAAAGCUGCAAUUAGCAAAACCAAAACGUGGCAUCAGUUCAUUAAGUCAUUGAAAAUUGGAUUAAGUAAUGUUAAUAGGUGUAGACUAGCUGGUUAGUGUCCACGUGGUUGUCGUUAUCAGUAGUUAAGGACUUUGGAUGACAUAACUCGAAAUCGUUUGCGAUGUCGCAGGUGCAUCUUCUUUUUAUCUUCCACAUUCUAAGUUUAUUAAUUCAUAACUUUUAUUUCACUGGUUUAUAUUUCUCGAAUCGUCUCUUCGGUGCCCAAUUUUUUCUGUUACUACCUUUACUACUCCGGGAUUUGCCGUGACAAUUUUAUUUCGAUGUAUUACCGGGUAGGGCAACUUAAACUGGUGUUGAUACGUAUAGGGCAUUAGGUUGCCUUUGACUGACCGACUUCACAAGAAAAUGAAAAGCUACUUGAGUAACAGAGGAAUCAGCUUGACUAAUGUGGUUUCUAUAAUCAUGUGACAAAUAAAGAUCAGAUUAGGAACUAAGUAGUUCAUGAAAGGAUAUCAGGGGUUUGAGGUGCAAUAACUAGCUCAUCACUCCUAUUUAACAUAGAUGCUAGUCGAAAUCCCAUUUUGGUUAUAUUUCUUGAUUUGACUUCAGUCAGUAACGACAAUGACUAACUGGAAUAAGUAUUCAUAAUUUAAAGUAGUAUAUGAACAAUAAAGGACAGGUUUGCAAUCAUAUAACAAAGAAUGACCUAGAAUAAAAUAUGAAUCAAUAUAAUUCACCACAUUCCGUUUUAGUAAAGUGAGGGAAAAACAAGAGUCGGAACGACAGUACCAUCAGUAAUGCUAAGAAUCAAACGUAGUGAGUACUGUAUAAGAACAAAUAAGUGAAGAACAAAUAAUAUUAAAUUUGAGAUCCCUUGGCUCAAAAGGGACUGACAUCGAGCCCUGUCCAUUAAACUCUACAAGUAUCGCAUCCCAAACAUGUUUGUGGAUAAGCAACAAACGAAUAUUGUGCUUGGUGUUUUUACUAUAGUUGAAUUUAAAACAAUGUAAUUUGUAAUUACAGGUCAUUGUACGUAAAUUAUGAUGAAUUCAACUCGUCUCUGCUUUCCUCCCUUUCAAUCUUGGGCUAACUGUUAGCUUUCUUGGUUUAUUUAAAAAUAGGAUGUGUUGUUUCACUUUCUUAUCCUAGCCGUGUGUAAAAUACAAGUACUGAAAGGUGGUUUUUUCAUUAUGUUGUGUCGUCAUUCCACUCCCGUUGUCGAAGUGUAGAUUAAUGACUAAUCUCAUUAGGUAACUUUGUCACUAGCUUCAGUUUUUGGUAUUUUAAUCUCUAACAUACCCAGACAGCUUCCGUGCAAUAUCACCCCUCUGUCUCCUGUACUAAUUGUGUUUCCAUAAGUAUAUACUUAGAUAUUUAUCGCUCUUUAUGAUCUGAAACAGUUUAAUUAAGUUUCCUUGCACAUGAUUUCAGGAUCGAUGUUAAUAUGCCUAACUCAAAUAUUAGCUUAGUGAUCUUAUUCAUCAAAUGUAUGGGUUAUUAUUUAUUGUGAUAUGGUUCGCAAUAUUGCGGGUAGACAUUAGUAGAAAUCAUCUGAUUCUAUAGCUUAUGGUCGCUUUGUUACCUUUUAUUUCGACUAGUAAAGAAAAUAUAAUAGGGCGGAAAAAGAUGAAUAUAAUUCAGUGAAUUGCUCAGAGAUGCUACCGGUUUUUUCACUGUGUUGUGUUAAUAAUCUGACAACAGUAAUAUGAUUUCUUUUUAUAAUUAACCCACCAGUUACUUGUGUGUGAGCUACACUUUUAAGUGUGAUGGAUAGGGACAUUACCCAUCUGCCCAAACCAACGUGGACGGAAAAGGGUUCAGAUCUGGGAGGUCUUAACUACGAAGCGACGAGUUGUCACUAAAGUCAUUAUCAUAAUAAUAAAUUUUUUCUAUCCAUCUGAUGCCUCACUCUUUAUCUGGUUUUAUCUGUCAGUUAGGUUGCUAAAAUUGUAGCUUUUGUUUAUUGAUUUUUGAUUUCAGAACAUGUUGAAUGCAUUAUUUCGCUUAGUCUAGUGAUGGACGCAGCUUUUUGGAGGUUUUAUAUCAUAAAUUUUACAAACAAAUGAAUUUCAGAUGGAUUUAUGGAAAAGCAUUGAGAAAAAUCUGUCUUGGUUUGACUUGUCGUCGGAGGUGCGUUUACAGUUGAACGAUGACCCAAAGAAGUACGAGGAACAAAUUUUGUUACACAGUUUUCGAAACCAGUUGCGCUACACCGGAAAUAUAGUACAAUUGGUCAUAAAACGUGAAAAAAAAUACUACGAGAAACUUGUUGAUUAUGGAAGACAACAUUAUCUCCUAUAUCCUUACCACUUACAAGACAAAAUAGUCCGUGGUUUGCAAAUUACGCAGUUUGUCUACUACCGUCGCAUGAUAAUUGACCUGAUUUCGACUGAAAAGUCAUAUGACUGUCUUCCAAAUUUUACUGCUGCAGAUUGCUUACGUUUGUUGGGAAUUGGCAGAAAUCAGUAUAUUGAGCUUGUUAACACUUACAAGAGUUUCCUGUCGUCAAUAGGUCCUGACGAAAAUGAAAUUCAGGGACUUCUUUGUGACAUUCUGCCGUCACAGCCAAUCGAUAAAGUCAUAUUUGAGCCCUGGUAUGUAGUUCGUAUUGGGUCAGUUAUGUUAUCUGACAUACAAGCAUCUACGGAUUCCGAGCGCAUAACGAUCGACCAGCUUAUAGAUGCUGAAAAAGCAGAUGACUUGGAGGAAUCCAACGAAGUCGGUCCCGGAAUUCUGGUUAAAGAUCUUGAUCAAAAUAUCAUCAAAGGACUUUACCUUCGUGGUUUGGUUUACAUUGAUAUUCCAGUGUCUUGUGACGACAAGAUAUGUGUCCCUACACUUGAGGGCUUCGUAAUGAAUCGUAUCAGUGGAGAUAUUAGAGAAAAUCUUUUAUACAAGAUUUUCGUCACUGCUGAUGAGAAUACAUCAGUUAGUGAACUAGCCGAGUGUCUGCAGGUAGAUGUGAAUUCAGUAAAACAAGCUGCUUCUAUAUUUUGUCGGUUGGGGUUCGCUCAAAAACGGAUUGGACGUCUGGAGAGUCGAACACAGCCUUUUCAAAUUCCAAUAUCCAUUGAGGAGUCUGAUACGCUGCUACACACGGAAAACUCAGUUGUCGACGCAAACUUAGAUUCUUUUCCAUCUGUAGAUGACCACCCUCAGCAGAAAAAAAAGUUAGUUCUGAUAUUUGAUUCGACCAUCACAGCUUAUCUCAUGAUGGGCAAUUUAUCACCCAACUUAAAGCCUCAUGCAGUUACAAUGUUUGAAGUCGGGAAAUUAUCAGAUGAUUCAUUGAAUUCUUUCAUAUUUGAAUUAAACCAUCUUGCUCCUGUUUCAGAAGGUGAAGCCGGAGUUUAUCGCGAGUAUGCUCUGAAUUUAAGAAAAACAAUCCACUUUUUGCGUAGUCAGGCUUCAUUAGACUCAACGGACUUUUGUGAUGUGGAUUUAAUUAGAGGUGGUUCGUUGUUAAGUUUAGAGGCUGAAACACGCAUACGAGUUUUGCGCAAAAACUAUAACGUAGUUGUGAGCCUUAUUCCCUCAACAUAUGAAGACCAGCAAGCUUCUGAUUCCCAAUGGCCACCACAUUUAGGACCACCUAUAUCAGAAGCUAAUUCUCCGUGGUUCGGUUUUUUUAUUUCUUGUAUCGCAAGCAAUACAAUUCAAAGAAAACAGAAUCCCAGUGUUAAUGUAUUGCCUACUCUUUUGAUAACAUGUGGUACUAGAAUAUCUAGACUUCCAUUACCUUUACGAGGAAUUUCACGCUUCUGGCUUACUGCAUGGGGUCAUGAUGCUGUAGUGGUAGACUCAACUAAUUUUUUAACCACAGCAAACGAUAUGCUUCUAUCAUCACCUGUACUUAUCCAAGUGAGUUUUAUCGAUAAUAUCUGUUUUUUACUCUGAUUCCGAAAUACACUAACCCUAUAUCAGAACAUGUUGAAUCAAUUCUAAUGUUAAAUUAAUGAUUUCUUCAUUAAAUAAUCUUUCUAUGUAGAAAAGUCUGUUGUCUGAAUUCGGUAUUUAAUAUUUGUAGAAAAAUAAAGAAUAAAUGCAUUUUAGCCAUUAUGACGGAAUACAAGUCAUAACACUCAAAGUUUCUAACGACUGAUUUACGUCACUAUAAGAAUUUGAAAACACAGCACUUUACUUAGACUAAAAGUCAAGUAAUCCCUAAACUAGUACCAUGUGUCACUUUUAAGAGUAUUAGCUUUUUUAAAAUUCAAUUCCUCUACAUCUAUUAUCGGACGUCCAGGUAAACAGCUAAUCAAUAUAUCUAAUGUAAUUUCUAGCCAUCUUGAUUUACAAAACUACACAACCUUUACUACCUUGUUCUUACUUUGACCACAACACAAUCGCAAGAUUCCAUGAUCCCACUACAAGGAAAUAAUGCUUGAGGGAUGUUUUCACUAUGACACUUGUGCUGUAUAAAUGUCUUCCAUCAUAUCUUAUUGUUGUGAAUUAUGAUCAUAGAUCCCUGUUGUUCUAGUGGGUUAUUAAGACUUCCGAACUAGUUAGAGUUUUCUGAUCUUUGUGAUAAUUUGUGGAUAAUACGAGAGCAGACGUAUUACAUUUGGCAUUAUUCCUCUACAUUUCCCAAUGGGAAAACAGGUCUAUUUCUAUGAUCAAAAACAACCUGUUAUAUAAUAAAGUCGAAUAGCUGAAGUAUACUCAUAUGUGUUGUCCCAUUGUUAUGUAUACCAAAAAUUAAAUCAUUCUCACUUGAAAACAGCGAGUUAUUAUCAAAAAAGCCUUUUAAUGUUCCUUGAAGUUGAAUUCUUGCAUGUUCUUACAGUCUGUCCAGACAAUAGGAUUUUAUGGUACCUCCUUGAAGGGCUCUUUAUCACAGAUGUUACUGUUUUUUAGUGUAUUUUUAAAAAUAAUUUCUCUGACUGAUACUAAAAAUCAAACACUGAUUGUCCGUUCAUUCAGUACAGACUCCGAAGUACUUCGUGGCACCGCUUGCGAUUUGCUAUUCAAAUAUCCGAUGAGAAAGGUUGCACAACGUACUGGUGAUUAUUACCAUAAAUUUCAAUUUUUUCUAUAAUCUCAAGACAUAAGUCAAAAAUAGAAUUACUAUCAUUCAACCCAUGUCGAUUUGGUUGAAAUUCCUAUAGUUGGGAGGAUAUCUAAUACCUGCCAUCACAGUCAUAUCGUAGCCACCAAAAUUUUUUAACAUAAUAUCUCCAUAUUUCAGAUUAGGUUCCAGUUAAAGUGCUAAUGAUUUUUUCAUCUCUUAGAUCUUUUAUAGUUGGUUACUUUCACUUUGCUUUGCUCAAACCUUUUUCUUUGAAAAAGGCUAUCGAAAGUUAUGAAUUUGAAGAAAAUUUAUCCCAGAGGUACAUACCUUUACCUAUUUCCAAGGAAUUCCUACAACAUUCAUCCAAUUGUGUACCAGAAUUCAUAAUACAUCUUAUGAACGUUAUCGAUUUAACCUAUGUCUCUGGAUAUAUCAUAGUACUAGCUCCAAUGAACAAGUGUGAACACGACCAAGAUCUGAAUAAACUAGCUUCAGAAGACCAAAACAUUCUAUUAACUAGCACAGACUCCAUUUUACAACGCGAUCAACAAAAAAGUGAAUACAAUUGUUCUAGGAAAGCUGUUUUAGUGGAAAAUGAAUUGCUCACUAUUAUGAAAGAGCAUAAACCAAUCUAUUUCAUUACUUUACGUCUAGGUUUGCCCAUUUUUAACAUGGAAUUAAAUCACGCAGUUUGUGCUCAAAUAUCUAAUCAGAAUUUACUAUCCACUAAUAACCGCAAUCAUCUUGAAGCUACUAAUCAUCUACUUGUUGAAGAAUUUACAAAAUUUAUUUUUAAUGACUGUUCAGGUUUGUUACCUAACCAAAACCAAUGUAGUUAUUCAACCCUUGUUACCAGUUCUGGUGGUAAUUUUCCUGAUACCUGGCCCCUUCCUACAAAAAAUAUGAUGUGCGCUAAUGGUAUUUUGUCAUUUUUUUAGUCUUUUUCGCCACACCUAAUAAUAUUUAAUCUGCAAUUAUUUUUGGUUGUAACGCGUACAUAUCUAUUUCGGUCAGAUGAUUUAAUCGUUUGAUGAACACUCAUUUUAAGUAUUUUGCGUGGAUUAUCUGUUAUUCAGGUAUCACUUAGGUUUUGUCUUUUUCUAUUUUUAAUUUCUACCCGUCCUUUCGUAUUUUUUUAUUUCAUCUUAAAAAUAUAUUGUCAUACAUGUGACAGCAGUACAUAUCGUUCUAUUUAUUCCGUAACUGAUUCCUGACCAAGUCACGUCCUCUAUAUAUCAGUAACCGCAUAUUGGAUAUAUCAGUGAUUAAUGUGAACUUGGUAAUUAGAUUACAGGUAGUUUUGAACAAGUUAUAACUUAAAAAUAACCCUGUAAAAAAUCUUUCAUUUACGUAAAAACAAGUUACUGGACAAUGUCGGGAAGUAUUUUUAAUCCAUAAUAUUUUCCAGACCUCUCACAAGCAGUAAGCUUAAGGAAUUUUUUUCUAAUCAAUUUCUAAGUUGUACCAAAGUUUUGUAAUUUUCGUUUCAACUAAAUUCACAUCAAGAAUACAAUCUUAUCGUCUCAAUAGAGUUAUAGUAUCAUUACUUGCUCAUCCAAUAAUGUUAAGGUAACCCAUUGUCAUCGAAUAAAGAGAACUCAACAGAGAACAUUUCGACAAUAUCUACUAAAGCUAUACAUUCGUGUUCGUGGUGCAAUGAAUAUAUGAGCCUAAAAAAAGAAGUGGCCACAUCAGAAAUUUUUCCAAGACUUCAAAUGUAAGGAGAAUAUCGCGUAAUCUAGAAGUUUGAGAAGAAUCGGAGGCUAAGAAAUAUCUACGGAUCUAAAAUAUGAGCGACAAUUGUCUGCUUGACAGACAUGGAAAAGACGUAAAAUGCGUUUAGGUCAUCAUAACAAUUGAUUAAUAAUCAUGUUUAUUUAUUUGAAUACAUAAAUAUUGGUACAAAGGGGCACCGAAUACAUGUGCGCCACACAAGUCACUUGGUUUGGAUGUGGGCUGUGAUACUGCCCGGGUGCCCAAACCGAAGCAGGUGGUUUUCUUAGGAGGCCACACCCGGAGCCUUUCAACCCAAAGGUCUGACCCACAAUGCAGUGGAGCAACGUCAGGAGAUGCAGUCCCAUGGUAGCCGGUUACCAAUAAUCGGUUCAUACGCCAUUUGUUCCCUCGGGGUCCCGGAACCCACGUACACCAUUGGUUUGGAAUCAGGAGUUUCCAACUACACUAGGUGAAUCCUCCGUGUCCACCAACCUGAUUAAAGCUCUGAACAUUUUCUUUUCGUCCUCAAUUUUGUAAACAACAGCCCUACCAAGAGAAGCCAUUGAGUAGAACUUCUCUGGCAGUGGCUGUAUACAUGUGGCCAUGUGAGAGCAUUUCGAGAGGGAUAGCUGACUCUCCCCACCCUCGGCCAUACCAUUUGGGGGCUAAUGAUGGAUAUUUGUAAGAGGGUGAUGACAACUGGUCACGCUCCGAAAGUACAAUAUGACAGUGAGAACGAAACUAAGGCAUUAUGAAAAGUGUCAAGCCAAAGGCAAAAUUAGAGGUUGCACGUGUCGCUUUUGGACACAGUGUUCAGACUUGAAUUAAUAAAUCGCCGUCGCCUCAGCAGUACAGAAGUUUUUUUUACUCAACCUCUCCUUAUUCAUGUAGAUUCUUUUGAAGAGUGAUUCUUCUGGGGCAACGUUGCCUGGAGUUGGAAAAUAUGCUCCCGUACUGAGUUUCUGAUUGCUUUGGAUUCCUUUUUGAAAAAUCCACGCUAUGUGUUGUUCUGAGAUGCGUUCAGAAAGUGUUUGCUUAGUGAAAUCAAUGUAACCUGUCCCUCAAUAACAAAUAAAGCUAUGUAUGCACAUCGAUGUGGCUCAAAGAGAAAGUUUACCCUUAACACAUCUAUGAAUGGUAGCCCGUUUGGAGUAGAUAAUAUCAAGCUUAGCUGAGUAGAAAGUUUUCAGAGAUCUUAAAAUCCGUUUAUUCACCACUUCCUCAGCAUUAAUUUCCUUAAAUUUGCCUUUUGUACCGUCAAUGAUCUUUCAGGUAGUAGUUGGCUAGAACAAAUAAAUGACGGUUCUUCUAAAUGAAGGUAGUGACAAAAUGUAGUCUUCUGAUCACGAUGAGGAAUCAGGCAAUUAUGUGUGAGAUGCGUUUCUCUGCCUCUCAAUCCGAAGUUCUUCCUUAAAACUGCUCCACUAAUGCCUAAAUUAAUGGUAGGGAGUAAGAUAGUUGAAUGCGCUUACCAUCUUUGAAACAUCACCAGACCUGGUGUCUGAUGAAGUUUCGGCGUAGAUUCGGAAAUCUCGCUUGGUUUUUUUGUCAGCUUCCAUCAAUUUUUGCGUAGACUAAGACGUCUGUCUUCUAAUUAAGAAGUGAGUGUACUGCAUAACAGCUCACUCGAUUUUCAUUUAUCGUUAUGAAAGAUGGAUUUAAAAAGUAAGUGACAUUCUUAAGUUACUAUUAUUUGAUCAUACAUGCCUUGAACCAUUGAUUUUCAUGUAUAUUGACUUUAUAGAUUCCAUACUCUUUUAAUCGCUUUAUGUUUUUUUUUUCGUCUCGAAUUUCAUCGUUUUAUCAUACUUUAUUCUUGUCAUUAUAAAUACCGCAAGCAUUCACAGACGAGUUUCCAUACAAACUAGUAAUAAUGUGUUUCCUAUCAUUCCUGAAUGUUAGUGAAUCUGCUUUUUGGGGGAAGGAAGUAAAAUAAAAUUAGCAGUUAUUUUAACACUUAAUUAUGUUUGCGUUGUGUUUUCUCAGGUAUUUUUUAAAUAGAUUUGCCACGUGUAUUCUCAAAUAAUUAUCAAACAGGUGUAUAAUUGUGUUUUAUUGAAUCUUAAUUGUGAGAUUUCUUUCAUCUCUGUUACUGUUGUUGUAUUCUUUUACUGUUCAAAAAAUAAUAAACAACUGUAAAUGUUUGGGCCGAUUUGUGUUAAGAAUCCCAUAAUUGUUAACUUAUCGAAAUUUCCAAACUGUACGUCAUCGAUCCCAUAUUUCGGUAGUGUAUCCACGUCAUCCAUGAGUAGAAUUUACUAUUUGUGUUCGUUCGUCCUGACUUUUACUCGGAGUUUGGAAAGGCAUGGAAUUUACAGGACAUAACAAAUGUGCUGAAACACAAUAAAAUAAAAGAUCUACCCUUAGAUCAGCAUUCGACACGACAUUCCCGUCUGAUUGAAAGCUACUUGAAGUUAAUUGUAAUGUCGCAGUUUCUACGUUAUUGUUUAUUCAAUGAAUUGUACCAAAAGUAAUUUAUGAAAUUAAUUUAAACUGUCAACUCUCAGUAAGCAGCCAUACUGUUUGGCUCAUGUAGUUUACGUGAGGAGCUUAUGGUUAGUCCAUAUACUAAAUACUGUGUAAGUAACUAUUUGACUACCAUUUGUACCACAGUUGGCUCAAUCAUUUUAAAAGCACAAACAUACCAUUCAAAUAUGAUGAUAACAUUAUAUCAACAGCCAUAAUGUAAACAUUUGUUCGUGUCUGCUACUCAACACUGAAAGUUUAUUAGCAUAAUCUACUUAUCCUUCUAGUAAACAACUAACACUGGGUGACGAAACUCCAAAUUUUCAUUUGUCUACAUCACUGUUAACAUUCAGUAAAUCGAACGUCAUGAACUAGCCAAUAAGUUGUCCUAAGCUCCCCUCUAUCCAUGUUAAUUUAAGAAGUAACUAGGUACGUUGUAGAAAAUUCAUAAAGACUAUUUCCUUGAUUUUGUUUGACAAGAUAAAGUUUAAUCUCAUUCAACCAAUCAGACGAAUAAAGGGGAUUCGAGAAAACUAAAGAGAUUAGGCAAGUCAGUAACAACGUAGAACUUCGUACGUACGUACAUCAGUUCGAGUCGCCAUACCACAUUAGCACACAGAUACAAUUGUCGAUUCACUCCCGUAGUGGUAGAGGUAGUAAAAGUAUAAGCAGUAGUCGGAAAGAUUAGGGUUUGGAUAUGACAUUCAAAGCGUGUAAUCCAGUGAAAUUUGGAAAGAAAAACAAGGGACAUAAAGAAUUCAGAAGAUAAGAAUUUGAGAAAACACAAAGAGCGGAUGCACCUGCGGAAUUGCAAAUGAUUUUGAGCCAUGUCACUCAAGGUCUCUAACCAUCGGUUGCUAUCAUCUCGCGGUCCCCAACCAGGUAGUCUACACCUACCGACAUGAAUCAGACCACUUGUCAGUGACUUCAUGGACUUGUGCCAUGUUUUGGUCUGGCCACCCCUAGCUU